AUGUUGAAAGGAGUGAAUCCAAACCAUCUCAGAAAUUUUUAUAAUUCAGGUGAGAAUCCAAUUUCAGUGCUGAAAUUAACUCCAGCCCGAUACGAUAGCAUUGAUGAUGAAAUUUACAGCACCGAUGAAUUCCGAAUGUAUGCUUACAAGAUCAAGAAAUGCACUAGAACCCGCAGCCACGACUGGACGGAGUGCCCCUACGCCCACCUCGGCGAGAAGGCGACACGUCGGGACCCAAGAGAGGUGCCCUACACGGCCAUUGCUUGCCCAGAAUUUCGCAAUGGACACUGCCUUAAAGGUGAUGAAUGCGAAUUUGCUCAUGGAGUUUUCGAGUAUUGGCUUCAUCCUUCACGUUACCGAACACGUGCAUGCAAUGCAGGACGUUUUUGCCAACGUAAGGUUUGCUUUUUUGCUCACACACCUGAGCAACUCAGGCCUCAGGACAAAUAUACGUGUCCUCUUGUGUACAGGGCACGAAUGAAUGGUCAUGAGAAUGGGAUCUUUGGUUUUGGAUCGAGCAGAGAAGAUGGUGCCACGUCGCAUACAAUGUUGGGGCCCCUGUCCCCUAUGGCUAUCAGGAUGGAUGGUAGGAGUUAUUUUGAUGGGGCUUCAGAUUUCUUGAAUAGUUUGAGAAACUCAAAGAUUGCUGAUGAAAACGAUCAUGAUCAAGAAAUUAGGGGUCUUAAGAGAAGCGGGAUCAGUGAAUUGGAUUUGGAACUGCCACAUAUUGAUUGGAUUUCAGAGCUGGUGGAGUGA